UGUGUCUUCACAGCAGGUGCUGCCUGGAGAUGUGAGAAGAGAUCAUGCCUCUGGUUAAAAGAAACAUUGAGCCUCGGUACCUGUGUCACAGUGCAGUGCCUGAUGGGAUUGGCAGCGAGCUGGAAUGUGUAACCAACAACACGCUGUCCGCCAUCAUCCGCCAGCUCAGCAGUCUGAGUAAACAUGCAGAGGAUGUUUUCGGGGAGCUUUUUAAUGAAGCCAACACUUUUUAUGUGCGCGCAAACUCUCUCCAGGACCGCAUUGACCGCUUAGCCAUGAAAGUCACCCAGUUGGAUUCUGGUGUGGAAGAGGCCUCUCUUCAUGACAUAAAUAUGAGGAAGGCAUUUAAAAGCUCUACCAUCCAAGACCAGCAGGUUUUGUCCAAGAGCAGCACUCCAAGCUCACUGGCUGGGAUGUACAGUAGCAGUGACAGACCACCUCCUCUUGGGGUGCUCUCUGCAUACAGAGAAGAUUCCACCGAUGCCAUGAAGUUCUAUUCAGACCCAACAUACUUUUUUGAAUUGUGGAAGGAGAAAAUGCUUCAGGACACUGAGGACAAAAGGAAGGAACGGCGACGGCAAAGGGAGCAAAAGCGCAGCGUGGACAGCAGCACCCUUCACCGUGAGGUGAAGAAAGUGAGAAAAGCUAGAAACCGGAGACAAGAGUGGAACAUGAUGGCAUUUGAUAAAGAGCUUCGUCCAGAUCACCGGCAUCCCCCCUCGCUUCAUCGAGGAGCAUCAUCUGAGGGCUCCCUCUCCCCAGACGGCAGGCCUGACCUCCUGGACUACCCCAGCGCUCCACUGCUCAUGCAUGCAGCUUGUAACUAUGUGAAGCCUCAUGAAUACGUGGCUGGGAACGCACACCCAUCACCACCCGUGGAGCAUGAAUACCACAGCAUUGAUGUCACCGACAAGCAAGGAGAGCACCCAGCAGGAGAGCGCCGAUGCAAAGACAGAGGGAAUGAUUCAAUACGUGCACCCACAGAGCAAACUUCUGCACCUUCACCUGCAGCCCCUGGACUGCACAUCCCAUCAGCUCAGACAGCCUUUGGUUUCCCACUGGGCACACUACCGCCAACACCCAAUAACGGAGUUUUGCAUGGAGGCCCAGGAUACCCAUAUCCAGUUAUGCCUCCUCCAGGUGCUUGCAAUGCUCCUUCUCCCCCUGGUCCACCUCCUCCUCCUCUCCCUCCUCCUGCUGCACCCUCACAUCGAGCAGGCUACAGUGAAGGAACUAGAAUUGAAGCUCAACCUGGAAGAAAUGCAAGAAGCGACCUGCUCUCUGCCAUCCGCAUGGGCAUCCAGCUAAAGAAAGUUCAAGAGCAGCAGGAGCAGCAGAACAGAUGGGAGCCGGUGGGUAAUGACGUGGCCACAAUUCUGUCCCGUCGUGUCGCCGUGGAGUACAGCGACUCAGAUGAUGACUCUGAGCUGGAAGAAAAUGAGUGGUCAGACUGACCUUAGUUGAGGUUUUGCUUCAGUGGCAACCAGUGUUGUAUUCACAACUGACCAAUUCUUCACAAACAAAUCAUUUUACAUGAACAAAGGUAAACAUGCUGGCUCCAAAGUAUGAACUGAAUUCACCGUCCAUCACUCCCACUGAGUCUCCAGUGAAAAUAAAGGAAACAUGUUGACCUGCUGGAGAAAGUCAUUAUAUUUGGCUCCAUCUUGUGGACUCUAAGUGCUGAUGGCUACACUGUUCCAAACAGGAACAUAAAUCAAUUUUUUUUUUUCUCAGACCACCUGCAUUAUAUUUUAAAAGUGAUGAGUUGUUUAUUUGAU